AUGAAGUCUGAUUUAGAUGAACUUGAACGAGGAAGGGCCAAAAGUAGAUUCAACCAAACUGUCAAAGGAAAAUUAUACUAUUUGAUAGAUAGACUAUUCUCCGUGUAUUGCAUUUACAAACUCAUUUCAACUGCCAUCAACGUUGUUUUUCAACGCAACACAUCAGACCCCAUUACCAAUGCCUUAUCUAUCAUGAUAUCUCACUUGGACAAACAUAGCCAUCUUGAAAUUAAUAUAGACCGAUCAUUCUGGUCCCAGCAACUCAGUUUUUGGUUUGCAGGCAUCAUUGUGUUCAGCUCUGUACGUGGCUGUCUAAAGCUGCUGACAAAAAUCCUACAUAUCUUUACAUUCAAGAUUACAUUCUCACAAGCCAACAUUCUGCUCUCUGUAUCGCAUAUGAUGGGAAUGUAUUUCUUGAGCUCCAUCUUGAUGAUGCAAAUGAGCUUACCACCUGAAUAUAGAUAUCUCAUGUCAAGUUCGCUGCAAUCCAUUGAAUUUGAGUUUUUCAAGCACUGGUCAGAUAUCAUCGUUGUCAUUUCAUCUCUCGUUUCAUUUUUUAUUAUUUAUAUUUUGCAUACAACGCAUGACCCUAAAGCAAUGGCAGUCGAUUUUGCUGAUAUGGAGUUGCUCUCUGUUGAAAGCGGGGCUGGUCGCUAG